GUGACCUGAGAGCAUGACCGACUUUGUUAUCGCUGAGAUGAGCUCGAGAAAGCUGAAGAAUGCGGAUGACUCAGACAUCCAUCUGAGACUGAAUAAAAUUACUCAGCAGAAGUUGGUGGAAGUUGAGUGGGCAUAUCUCGAAGCCCUUGUUCGAGAACUAAAUAUUAAUAGGAAAAAUGUUCAAAAGUCGGAAAUGCUCGUUACCAAUUGGAAUGCCGCCAUAGAUAAAAUAUCAUACAGGUUACCCCCCACAGGCAGGAUAGAGGCCAAAGUUGGGACGACCAAGAAAUUCGACUUCACAGGUGUACAUUCGAUCAUAAAAGUGAUAGUCACACUCAAACCCUUUGCCCUCGAUGACUGUACCGAAGGCAGUGACCAAUUCUUCAACACGCACGAGUUUGUGCGGACGGAUUCGAGCCAACAUAACCGACAGGAAAGUACAAGCGUCUCUAGUAAGCGUAACAGCUGCGAGGGAAGCAAUGGACGUGCGGAACGCCCGCUGAGCAGGCAACAGACGCCCAACAAACUACAGCAGAGCCAAACAACGCCAAGCAAUAAUGGCACGCCAGCUCAGCAACAAGACGUGAAGCUGGAUGGGUACCAAUACCCCCUAAACCAUCCCAGCUACCAACAACACUUGAUCACACAGGUGCAGCAGGUACAGCCACGGCUGAUGAGUCAGUCGACCAGUACAUCCAACAUACACCAGCGCACGCCACGCCAAGACACGGCUUUGUCGGCUACACCACAAUUCGCCUCAUCACAGCAUCAGCAUCAGCAGCAACAGUAUAACAAUAAUCAAAACAGUCUGCAGCUGCAAACGGAGCCUGUGCGACGCACUUCGGCCGAUAACCUCUACCAUGGCAAUCACAGCCCCACUACGACGCCACUGCCGAGCAUGCGACCACACAAUGUGGUGAAACCCACCGACAGUGUGCUCUCCACGCGCAGUUACAGUGGUACCGGGAACACACAGCAUGCUGAUGGCAUGUCCGGUGGGGAUGGUCGAGGGAUGGGUAUGGAGGCCAUUAUGAGCUCGUCGCCUGGGACAUUCCAGGUGCAAAGGAAUCCCAGUGUGCCGCUUUGGAGCAAUAAUAUGCGAGAAGAGGCUGAGAGGAACGAGUCCCAGUUCGAGGUACUCCAGGGAUCUAAACCAGCCUCCCCCGAUAUGUCGGGCAUGGGCAGCAUCAUGUCAACCACGCAUGACCGCAUACACACGUCCAACCCUAUUCCCAGUGUUGUGCGCAUGAGUGUCAAUGACUACGCGCCUGGCGGCGACUUUACGUCACCCAAGAGCCCGCACAAACAACCGCUAUCGCCAAUCAAUAGUAUCAUGCGAUCAGUCGCAGAACAACCCGUGCAUCAACAGCACCAGCAACAACAUCAGCAACAACAUCAUCAUCACCAGCAACAGCAACAGCAGGCACACAGCGGACGCCAACCGGGAAGUAAUAUAGGAAACAACAGUGGCAAUUGGAACGGGGAUUUGCACCAGAACAGCAACAUCUCGGGCAGGCAGCCGUCGAACAUGCCGCAGAUAUAUCAGCCGAGCGGGCCACCCAUGGCCGUAUCUCAGCAGUUCUCCUCGUAUAAUGGGUCUAAUCAAAACACCCAACUGCACAGGCCACAAAGUAUGGACCCCAAUGUGAUGUCCGUGAGGUACGUGAGUAAUCUUGGUGGGCCACAACUCACCGACGAUGGGUACUACAUGCACAACGGCGCACACCAGAGUGCGGUAUACAGCUCGUCCGCAAUGCCACCACAACAACAGCAUGGCCAUUCACAGUCACAGGGCCACUGGGACAGGCCACCGUAUCCGAAUAACAUGGAUGGGAUGUAUGGGGGCCAUGUCAAUCCGUCACAACAACAGUCGCGCCUCACCACAUCACAGAGUGUGGAUCCCAGGGGCUCCCCGCAUAAUCGGAACCAACAGGGUGACCCACGCAGGCCCUUAGAUAAUAAUUGGUACCCUGGUCCGCAAACAAACAGGUAUGACGGAUACUCGGAUAUGCAACAGCAGACGCCGACACCGGCCAAUAUGACACAGUAUCGCUGGUUUCUUACUAUACCCACGGAGAUGCAAGGCGACUCUGAAGAAGAACAAAAGAGACGGCGGGAUUACAUUCACACUUUCUUUGAAAGACAGCCUGAUGGUGCAUGGCUAGUGCGCUACAAUCACAGGAAGCACCAAUUCGUCCUUUCGAUCUUAUUUGGUGGUUUAGUUCUUCACAUGAACAUUGCGUCCCAGGGUAACGAGUACGUGCUGGACAAUCAUCGAUUCCCGUCAAUCCCAGCGUUGACAGACUAUUAUCAAAGUAACAAUAUAAGCGGGAAGAUCGCCACGCCGCUGACGAUGCCGAUACCCUGCAUUCGCACUGACACCACUAAUUACGUUUUGGUGGAGUGAGAUUGAUGCUUGCUGGCCACCACCAAAAGAUGGCAUAAAGUUUGAGCAAUAUGUUAUCUUGGGUGAAAGCUACUCACAUACUUGCAUGGUAAUCUGAGGUUUCCAAAUAAAUUUCAUCAGUCAAAUUUAUUGGGCCGUGAAUUGUCACACAAGUGUGAGCGCUGACCCGCAAUCGUAUUAUAUAGGCUAGUUAUACGAUGAAUAAAAGUAAACACCCAAAGCAUG